AUGCUCACCAGUAACCUGAGCGAUGACCCGGAUAUGGAGAGGGAGAGGAGAGCGAUGGCUGUACGGGGCAACAUGAUCGCCCGCAGAUUCGCACGUUGUAGUAACGAAGUCAAAUUGACGCUUUUCAAGGCCUACUGUCAGACGUUCUACACGUGUAGUCUGUGGGUGAGAUUUACACAGAGAGCCUACAACUCAAUUCGCGUGCAAUAUAACAACAUCCUCAGAAUGUUGUUGCGGCUGCCGAGACAUAACAGUGCAUCCAGAAUGUUUGCUGAGGCGCGUAUCGAUGACUUUUUCGCCAUCAGGAGAAAAAGAGUUGGAUCACUGCUGAAUCGUGUGCGGGGCAGCAGCAACGGCCUUCUAAGGGAGUUGGCAGAGCGCCUCGACUCUCCUCUCACUCGCUACUGGGUGGAAGUGGCGAUUGGCAGGGCCAAGUAG